AUGGCUGCUAUGACAUGGCUGAAGAAAAAUCCGGUUGAAAGAUCGAAAGUACUACCUGAACUACUGGCAUGCCUUUGUUUGCAGAACUUGGAUGAACCCUUGGCAACUGAAAUACUUGAAAACCCUUUCGUUAAAGAAUAUUUAUUAAACAGUGAGCCUCAAAAUAGCAUAUGUUGCAAGGAUUUCGAGAAAAAUCUCAUCACGGAAUUUGAAAACAACACUAAAAAUAAUGAUAAUUCUGAAAAACUGAAGAGCUUAAUAUCAAAAGCAAAAGUCAUAUUCGGCAUUUAUCCGAUAACAUCUCAGUCUCGUUUACCUAAGAACAUAUUUCUUUUCUCAGGUUCGGCAUCUCAGUUUUCAUUUGAGAAGAAAUUCUACAUAACAUUUGAUGAAGAGCUCGAUAUAUGGCAAGAAAUUGAUGAAACCCCCAUAUGGCCCCAAGCUCUUGUUCCGAUUGGCAGCAGAGUCUAUAUGUUUGAUGAAUCUGAAAAUAAAAUUCUAGCUUUAAAUCUGGAAGACAAAUCCUGGACACAGUUGAACCCCAUGAAUAUACCACGUAACGAAUACAGUGUUGUGGAUAUAGGAUUGAGCAUCUAUGUACUGGGAGGAACUAUCUUCUCUUCACACGUGCAUACAUCUUUGGUAGAAAAAUAUAAUUGUCUAACGGGACUGUGGGAAGAUGUCAGUUCCAUGCUUCCUAUGAAUAGUGGAUUUGCCAUUGGAGCUGAAAAUGUAAUUUAUGCCGUUGGAGUUAUCCAAAACGGUCGAGAUUUUGAAAUGAUUGCACAGGUUUACGACCCAGAGCAGGAUACCUGGUCAUUGAUAAAUGCUCCUAAUAUAUACCGAAAUAAUUUCGCUCUUGUUUCUCUUCGGGGUAAAGUAUACAUUCUGGGUGGAACUGAUAAUGGCGAAUAUUUGAGAUCUGUGGAAGAAUACGAUACUGAAGAGGACAUAUGGAAGCCCUUUGCAGACUUGCCUUUCCCUUAUUACUCUCCGAAAGCUACAAUCUUCAAGGAUAUGGUAUUAGUAUAUGAUGAUGUUUCGCAAGGAAAUUAUUCACCUUACCCCCCUUCUUACUGGGAUGAAAAAUCACAAAAUUGGCAGUUGUCGGGUUUAGUUUCCCUUUCGAUGUACAAAUUUUGCGCCAUAAAAGACGAACAUGCCAUCAAAAACUUAGUGAGGAAGAAUAAUGAUUCAGGCAUAAACUGGAAAAAAAGUCCUUUUGCUAAUUCAUUCUUCUUUAUUAAGUAA